AGAAGGCGAGCAGCGCGUGCAGCACCGAGCGAAGGGGGGAGUGAUGAGUCAAUGCAACUCAGGGUUUAAUGGGGAGAGAGAGAGAUAGCGCGCGCGCACGAGAGAGAGAGAGCGAGAGAGAGAGAGAGAGAGAGAGAGAAAAGGGGGAGCUCGCAGAAAAAAAAGGGGAAGCUGUCAUGCGUCUGUAGCGCGCCUUCAUUCGACGCCGGAAAGUGAAUCGCAAGUGUAUCCGAGCACACACGCGCGCGCGCGCACACACACACACACAUACGCACGCACGCGCCGCGGUGUCUGAUGAAAAUAAAAGAAGAAGCCUCUCCGGUUUUGUCCGCUUCGUCGCUUUCCAUCCGGACCAGGGAGGAAGAGAAGAGAGGAGAGGAAGAGAGGAGAGGAGAGGAAGAGAGGCGAAGCGCCGCCCGCUGUUCCGCGUCGUUUCUCCGCGCUGCUCUCCCGGUUUUACGAGCAUGUUCGCGAAUCCGUGAGUCGCCAUGCCCUUCGCGUCUACUUCGUUUCCGAAUUCGUUCCCGGCGCCGCGCUCGUUCUUUCGGUCGCUUGUCCGCGAUCAACACGCGCUGCACCGACACGAGCAGCCCGUAAAACUCGCCUGAACUCGGGGCAGAGCAGAGAGCUCGAGCCCGCUCGCUGUUUCGCUCCCCGCGCGCACGUUAUAAUUCACGACAUAUUUUCAUAACCUCGUCUUCCAUCAUCUUAACUUCAACCCACCCGAGUUUGAUUCUCUUUCUUUCUUUUUUCUUCUUCUUCUUGUUUAAAAAAAAAAAGAAGCGCGUGUGCUUUUUUAAUGUUAUAUAUAUAUAUAUAUACAUACAUACAUAUAUUUUUAAAUUGAUCCCCACCCCGACAUGUCCACGUCCAUAACGCGCUCGUGCAAAGCCGAUUGAUCAUUAAUUCUCGUGUCGGCGCGAGCGAAGGAAGGGAAGGCUGUAAAGUUUUGCUCGGACUCUCCAAACUCCAGUCCCUUUAUGAGCUUACCAGUUUGGACGUGGUGACUUCCAGGUGACCGUGAGCAGUGGAGCUGAGUCAUGAUGGACCAUCUCAGCGAGGCGUGCCUGGGGAAGGAGAACUGCGAGCUGGUGGGUGGCUUGAACGACUCCAAGGGCCCCCCAGCCAAGAUCGCGCGGCUGGAACAGAACGGCAGCCCUCAGGGACGUUCACGCCUGGGCAGCACCGGCGCCAAACUCUCCGGAGUGGCCUUCAAACCCUCCCCGCACCUGCUGAAGACCUCACACAAGAGGGGUAACAUGCUGCCCGUGUUCUGCGUGGUCGAGCACUAUGAGAGCCCGAUAGACUUCGACAGCAGGGAAGAGCACGCCGAAUUCGUGCUGGUCAGAAAGGACAUGCUCUUCAACCAGCUGAUCGAGAUGGCGCUCCUCUCGCUGGGCUACUCUCACAGCUCUGCCGCUCAGGCUAAAGGUAUGAUUCAGGUGGGCAAGUGGAACCCCGUUCCCCUGUCGUACGUGACCGACGCCCCCGACGCCACCGUAGCCGACAUGCUACAGGACGUCUACCACGUCAUCACGCUGAAAAUCCAGCUGCACAGCCACCCUGAAUCACUCUCUCUCUUUCUCUCUCUACCUCCAUCUGUCUCUCCAUGCAGUUGUCCUAAACUGGAAGACUUGCCUCCCGAGCAGUGGACCCACUCGACGGUGCGAAACGCCCUCAAGGAGUUACUCAAAGACAUGAACCAGAGCUCUCUGGCUAAAGAAUGUCCCUUAUCACAGGAGAGAGAAAAAAGAGAGGCUGGUGAGAGAACGACUGUUUGUAGCUGCUAUAACAGCAUGAUAUCCUCCAUCGUGAACAGCACUUACUAUGCAAAUGUCUCUGCGGCGAAGUGUCAGGAAUUUGGACGUUGGUAUAAACAUUUCAAGAAGACAAAAGACAUGAUGGUCGUGCGCCAACCCUCCCAGCUGGAGGGCUACCUGGGGACGUGCGUCCUCCACGACAGCCCACGUGCCACCGCAGUAGCCGAAAUGGAUGGCUUGUCAGAGCUCUCGCCGCCCGGCACCAACCACCUGAGCUUCAGUCAGCAGCCCAUCCCGGGAAGCACGGCCGAGCAGCCGCCGUCCCCGGUGCCCCUGACUCACAGCGGUCAAGCCCCAGGCCGCGCCCAGCUUCCAGGUCUUCACCCCGGCCUUGUGUCCAGCCCCAUCAGUCCUCAGCUGGUCAACCAACAGAUUGUCAUGGCGCAGAUCCUAAACCAGCAGUACGCCGUGAACCGGCUCCUGGCGCAGCAGUCCCUGAACCAGCAGUACCUGAACCACCCGCCGGUCAGCCGGGCUCUCAGCAAGCCCCUGGAUACGCAGGUGUCUUCCAACACAGAAGUGUCCUCCGAGAUCUACCAGUGGGUGAGGGACGAGUUGAAGAGAGCCGGGAUCUCGCAGGCCGUGUUCGCCCGCGUCGCGUUCAACAGGACUCAGGGAUUGCUUUCGGAGAUCCUGAGAAAAGAGGAAGACCCUAAAACGGCGUCUCAGUCCCUGCUGGUGAACCUGAGGGCCAUGCAGAACUUCCUGCAGCUACCCGAGGCCGAGAGAGACCGUAUUUACCAGGAGGAGAGGGAGAGGAGUUUAACGGCGGCGUCCUCUAUGGGCCCUGCGCCGCUUAUUAGCACUCCUCCAUCACGCCCUGUCCAGAGUGUAGGAGUGAACCAGAUGCUGCUUUCCAGUUCAGAUCCCAGAAUCAGCUGCUACUCCGACUCGCCCAGAAGAGAAGAAUGUAACAACAUUAGACCAGAGGACUGGAACCCCAGGAUUCCAGUUGGGAUAUCUCCUGCGUCUCGGCUCCCCGCUCAGGUGAAGCCCCUGCCGUUGGCGUCCGAGUGGAACGGCAAGCAGGAGAGCUCCGUCCUGAACAUCAGCUCGUCCAUCUACGACGAGAUCCAGCAGGAGAUGAAGAGGGCCAAAGUGUCACAGGCUAUGUUCGCCAAGGUCGCCGCUUCCAAGAGCCAGGGUUGGCUGUGUGAGCUGCUGCGCUGGAAGGAGGACCCAUCCCCGGAGAACCGAACGCUGUGGGAGAACCUGUCCAUGAUCCGGCGCUUUCUGAGUCUCUCGCAGUCGGAGAGAGACGCCAUCUACGAGCAGGAGAGCAACGGAGGGCAGCAACACCACACCGAGAGACCCACACACCUGCUGCACAUGCCCACCGAGCCGCUGCAGCCCCAGGCCCACCCUCCACCUUCAGCCCAACUCCAGCCUGCCCUGGCGCUGCCCUACCCGUCACAGCCGCUCAUUUCCCAGCAGCCUCAGCCUCAGCAGCAAACAGGACCCCGCCUCCCGCCUCGCCAGCCGUCCACCGCCGCGCCCGCCGAGGCCGAGGACGAGUCGCGUCAGGCUAAAGGUCGCACCGGCGCCCGUAUCUCCUUGGAGGCGCUGGGAAUCCUGCAGAGCUUCGUACAGGACGUAGGGCCGUACCCGGACGACGAGGCCGUGCACACGCUCUCGGCCCAGCUCGACCUGCCCCGGCAUACAAUCAUCAAGUUCUUCCAGAACCAGCGCUUCUGCGUGCGGCCCAAGGAGGUGGCGUCGGGAAUCGCCCUACCUGCAGCCAACGAGCAGGACGAGGUGAGCAUGACGGACUUCAAAGAAGGCGAGCUGCUCAAAGAGCUGGACGAGAGCACGCAGACUACUAGCAUCUUCACCAUCAAGAUCGAGGAGCACGCGGGAGCCGAGGGACAGUGUCAGGCCGAGCAGGAAGUGAAAGAAUAAACCUCGACUCGGAUCAGACUCUCAUCUCCUCCAAGAGUAGAACUGUAAGACUCUCAACCCGGGACUGCGUAAUACAGAAGUAUUACCUUUUUGUAAAAGCCCUGUAUUAUUAUUCCACUGUAAAGAUUUGCGCAUCAUUAAAUAACCUGCACAAUGAAAGAAACAAACAAACAAAAAAAAAUGUUCAAAAAAAAAUCUUAACUAUGUUGCCGUGGAUGUUUGCUGACUGCACUUGAUGUAUGUUGUUUUUACACUGAACUUCCAAACUACUGAUUUUAAAAGAAAGAAGAAAAAAAAAAAAUAUCGACUCGGUCGAAGUUUGAUAGACUUUGAUAGAUGUUUACGUACGUGGUGUUAACUGGAUUUUUAUUUUAAUUUUAUUUUAAUGCAACUGAUAAUAAAAUAAAAACGGGGGCCUUAACGGUGACAAACUGCUGAACAAUACAGCGUUUUCUUUACGAAGCGAAGGAUCACACAGGAUCUGGCGCCCCAAGACCUGCAGGUAGACUGGAGGAGAAUAGUUCGCUCUUUCAAUCUUUACUUAUUAUUUGUUUGGAAGAAAUAUAAAUAUAUAUAAAUAUAUAUACAUAUAUAGACAUAUAUUAAUUGUAAAAAAAAAAUAUACAGUCUUAAAGAAACUAUGCCAACAAAUGCCUUGUACUAUAUGGCACUGCCGAUGUUAGAUUAUUUUGCGAAAUCUUUUGUCGCUGUAAUUUUUCAGGAUUUUCACACGGUUCGAAAAAAUGUGAAUCGCGGUCUAUUCCUCAUCGACCCACGUUAUUUAUUUGCACCUCAUGCAGUUUUCUGAUGUAAUUACGUCAUUUCUGUCACAGCACAUUGUUUUAUUUGACUAUUUAUAAAUGUAAGUUUGAUGGGCAGUAAAAAUCUAAGUGUCUUAAACGUUUUAAAUGGGGAAAGAAAAAAAAAAAUGUGCUUUAACGGUUGCCUAAAAAAAAAAAAAAAAAAAAAAAAAAAAAAAAAAAAAGAAAAGAAAGAAAGAAAGAAAGAAAAAAAAAAAAAAAAAGUGCUGUACGUCAAGCGACUCAUGCUACGAGCUUCACGAUUAAUGUUGUAUGCAAUUUUUCCUCUCAUGCAAAUAAGCUUAGGAGAACGAAUAAACCUAUAGACCACCUUAGAGAUUUAAAAAAAAAUAAAAAUAAAUAAAUAAUAAUAAAAAAAAAAAUCCCACAAAAAAACAACAACAACAAAAAAAAAAACAUAUGCAAUUUGUGUGGAGUUCGAUGUUUGCGACGUGUCUUCCUUUGGUUAAACGAUACGAUUCAAAGCUAUUCCUGUAUAAAAUAUUCUGUAUAAAAAGGAGCGUUUGUUUUUUUAUGAGUUUAAUCGCAAGGAGAAGACCGGUUAUUUUGUUACGACUGACUGUUUUAUAAGUGUUUCUCGGUUUUUCCUCGAGCAAAACUGUUCUAACUAGGAGUGGAUAUUGAUUGUUAAUGACACAAUUAAACUGUUUGUAUUGCA